CCUAGCUCUUAAUAGGAAUUUCCUGAAGCCUAAGAGAUAAUCAAACAUAUCUGGUUGAUAUGUCAUUCAUGAACACUGGGUAGAUCAAUAAGAUUCACUCCAGGGUGAGAGUUUUCUUUAAUGUGGCCAUUGUCACAUCUCUAGCUCAUUUGUGACUUUGUACAAACAACCUGUGUAGAGUCUAGGAAAUCCAAAUUUUCUUCCCCUCAAUUCCUAGCAAAACAGCUCUGAGUUAAGGGGAUAAAAAUAAAGGAAAAAGAACAGUUAGUGAGCAGGAAUCAUUAUACAAAUGCUUUUGUAAAAUGCUUUGUCAUUGAGAGAACAGACAAGGGAGCAGAAGGAAGAGGAGAAAGAAGAUCUCUGGCCCAGCUCUCCAUCAUGAUCUGUCCAACCAAUGACCAAAGAAAAAUCCCAGUGACUCAUUCUUCCUGCCCACUUCAGUGUAGCUACAAAGACCCAAAUCUGUGCACAUGGCCUAAUCAUAAAAGUGUCAAGAAGAUUAGAGACUAAAUGAAGGUUCUAUAUUUUGUACUUGGGGAAGAAAUGAUCAAAGAUCAGCAGAAAUGAGUCUGACACUAGGCAGGUAGCAUCAAAAGGAGCCAAGAGCCAAUUCCAAGUCUGAGCCCAAAGCUAGUUAACAGAAUUGGUGCUGAAGAGAAGCUGUGGAGCUAAUUUAGGUUUUAUAUUGAAUAAGGACCUGGAGUUUAAUCCUCUUUUUGGUCUGAGACCUGCAGCUGAAUAACCAGAACAAAAGAGGCUUAUAAUUCUACAUCAACAGAGCCUUUUAGCUAACUGAUAGCAACCGUGGUUAGCAGCAGUAUAUUGGAACCCCAAUUAGGGACAAGUCUGUAACAGUAUUGCUAAGAUUCCAAUCUAAAGCAAGAUCUCAUCAGACUCAGACAAGGGAGUCAAUGAUCAGAAUACGCUGAUAAACUUGCUUUGGGCACACUGAAAGUUAGCAGGUCACCAUCUUGAGUCACUCCUCAUGUUCAAUAAAAAAAGUACCAAUUCAAGGAGUAAGAUUAGAAUAUUGAAUUUUUUAAAAAUACUAUCAGGAAAAAAAGCUAUCAUUGAGACCCAAAAUAUAAACCCAGAGGAAAAGUUACUCCAAAAUAUUUACAAACUAAGUCUCAAAGAAAAUAGAACUUGAAUCCAAGAUCAACUAGAAUUACUAGAAGAAAUAAUAUUAAUAAUAGUUUUAAAUUAUUUUACAAAUAGCAUUUACAGCAUAUAGAACUUUUAGGUUUAUAAACCAAUCUAUAGAACUCAUAGGUUUAUAAGUACUGAAUCAUUUAGUCCUUAUAAAAACCCUGGAACGUCAAUGUUAUUAUUAAGCCCAUUUUACAAAUGUGAAAACAAAAGCUAAGUAACUUGUCCAAGAUUACACAGUUGGGAAGUAUAUAAAGUUGGAUUUGAAUUCAGAUUUUCUUGACUCCAGGUCCAGUGCUUUUGGGGAGGAGGAGAGAUUUAAAGGGGGAAUUGACAGCUUAGUACAAGAAGUUAAAAAGUUACACAAGUGGAGGAGGCCUGAGAUGGUGGAGGCCGGGGCUGUGGGGUGCUUCUCUGUGCUGGGGCUUCCGCGCUCCCAUGGUCGGGCCCUCUUGGGCGGCACUAGAUUGGGUACUUUCGUGCUGCGGCUACCUCAAGCUGCCACAAUGUCAUCAUUCUCAAACCUCUCAAAGGGCCGGAAGGUGGUGCUCUCAGUUUGGGGCAUGCUGGUAGAGGGCGGUGCAGGGCUUGUUGUGGCCCUGCACACUGCUGUAGAUGCCAGUGACUUGGAACUACACCCACCAAGCUACCCCUGGUCACACCAAGGCCUCCUCUCCUCCUUGGACCAUGGCAGUAUUUGCCAGGGCUUCCAGGUCUAUAAGCAGGUGUGCUCUUCCUGCCACAGCAUGGAUUUCCUGGUUUAUCACCAUUUGGUGGGUGUGUGCUACACUGAAUCAGAAGCCAAGGCUCUGGCAGAGGUGAUAGAGGUUCAGGAUGGCCCUAAUGAAGAUGGAGAGAUGUUCAAGAGGCCAGGGAAGCUUUCUGACUAUUUCCUCAAGCCCUACCCCAACCCUGAGGCUGCUCGGGCUGCCAACAAUGGAGCACUACCUCUCGACCUCAGCUACAUCAUCAGAGCCAGGCACCGCGGUGAGGAUUAUGUCUUUUCCCUACUCACAGGGUACUGUGACCUCCCUGCUGAAGUCUCCCUUAGAGAGGGCCUUCACUUCAAUGCCUACUUCCCUGGCCAGGCCAUUGCCAUGGCUCCUCCUAUCUACAAUGAGAUCCUUGAGUAUGGUGAUGAUACACCAGCCACUAUGUCACAGGUAGCAAAGGAUGUGUUUCUGCAUUGGGCUGCUGAACCAGAACAUGAUCAUCGCAAACUCAUGGGGCUCAAGAUGCUGCUAAUGUUCAGCUUGCUGAUCCCCCUUACCUACGUCAUGAAAAGGCACAAGUGGUCAGCAAAGAGUCAGAAGCUGGCAUAUCAGCCCCCUAAGUGAUUAUGUGGACAUCUUUCCCCACUUUGGGUUUGAUUCACCUCAGCCCUUCCUGGCACAUCCUAUCCCACAGAAAUGGUCAGCCUGGAAGUCAGGUCCACUCAGUCUGAUCACUCCUUAGAUGGGCAAGGGUGGGCAUAGGGUGGAAGAACUGGCUUUGCCCCACCAGCACUGCCAGUCCCCUCCUCCCCUCAUCAGAAAUAAAUUAAGUUUCUCAAUGUGAGAAAAAAGAAAGAAAGAAAAGGGGGGAAAAGAGAAAAAAAAGUUACACAAGUAAGAGAUUACCUGAAAAUUAGAAUGAAUCAAACACAAAUUCAAUGAAUCCACAAGACAAAGAAGAAGAAGAAGAAGAAGAAGAAGAAGAG